UUGUGUCAGGAUGAAGCACAGAGCCCUGUGGUGCUGGGUACAAUGAAUGAAAUCUGUCAGGUGAUUAGCUGUUUGGAAGCUCAGUGCCUGCACCUGUUCAAGGCUGCAGUGGGGUGGGAUGGACUCAGUCACGUCUCUGAUCAAGUCCUGCCUGGCUAGCUAGGGUGGGGAUUCAAUAGGGGACACUUUCCCCUCACAAUCAGUGCUGACCCCAGUGCCCUAGUAGACCUGACAGGUCGCUGAGCUGCAGGGGGGCUCAGUAGGGGGUGCUAUGUGCCUCAUCUCUCCAGUGCAGUGUUACCUGGAGGUCAUGGCUGAUCCUUUUCCCUGGACUCAGGGUGCAGACCCAGGCAUCCAGGCUGGAUUCCAGCAUGGCCAGGCCAGCCCCAGACAGAGGUUCUGUGCUGUGGCUGCCAUAAGCAUCUUUGUUCCUGAGGUCCCUGGAUUCUGGAGGACUGGUACCUCCCAUGGGGGUGGGAGGUCACCAGGAGAUGGGGCCUUGGGCUUAAUGUAGCAGAGCAGAUGAGUGAUAGGAAUGGAUGGAACAAUACCCCAUUGUCCCCAAAUCUGUCCCCCUCCGUGGUGCAGACCCUGAGGGCACAGGAGCAGGUUUGAUGCUGCUUGGGGGUCUGAAACCCAACCCCCACACCUUGGAUUCCCCACCCCCCAUCUCUCCCCGUCCCCGGAUCUCACACCUGCAGCUCCUCUGCUCUGUGGUUUCCGUCACUCUUCUGCCUGCCCUUGCCUAUAUAACCCCCCCACAGGAUGCUUGGGCAGGCACAGAGCAGCUACUGCCAUGGGGCCUGGAGUCCUGAGUCCCUGCCUCCUGCUGCUGGGGGUCUGGGUCUGUGCCCUCCCAGCUGGCUCUGUCCUGCCCCCUGAACUCAGCAAGGCUGAAGUGACUGGAAUGUUCAAGGAUUUUAUGAUUCAGUUCAACAGAACCUACAGGAGCCCCGCAGAGCAGCACAGACGCUUCGGGAUCUUCACGCGGAGCCUGCUUGCGGCGCGGCGGCUGCAGGAGACGGAGCGGGGCACAGGGCAGUACGGGGUGACCCGCUUCAGCGACUGGACAGAUGAGGAGUUCCGGGGGAUGUUCUGGAGCCCCCCGCCCCAUACCAUGCACCAGGACCCCCGGCGCCCGAGGAAGAAAUUCCCUAAGUCCUGCGAUUGGAGGAAGGCGGGGGCUGUGACCGCCGUGAAGAACCAGGGCCAGGAGUGCCGCUCCUGCUGGGCCUUUGCUGCCGUCGCCAACAUCGAGUCACUCUGGAACAUCCACUUCCACCAGCCCCGGAACCUCUCGGUGCAAGAGGUGUUGGACUGCAGCUGGUGCGGAGUGGGGUGCAACGGGGGCUACGUGUGGGAUGCCUUCACUACGGUGCUACACAAGCGUGGACUGACCAAUGAGAUUGCCUACCCCUACACAGGGAGACAGGAGAAAUGCCAUAACCUCAAUAAGUAUGAGCCGGCUGCCUAUAUCCAGGGCUUCCAGACACUUCCUGGAGAUGAGGAGGAAAUAGCUGCACACGUCGCAACUGAGGGCCCAAUCACAGUUACCCUGAACUCAGCUGCCAUGAAGCAUUAUAAAAAUGGCAUCUCAAAGCCCUUGGUGAAGAACUGCAAUCCAGACCAGGUGGAUCAUGUUGCCCUGCUGGUUGGCUACGGGGAUGUAAAGGGAAGGCAGUACUGGGUCAUCAAGAACUCCUGGGGGGAAGACUGGGGAGAGAAGGGCUAUUACCGUCUCUAUCGCGGCAGGAACGCCUGUGGCAUCACCAUGUUCCCUGUAACAGCCACCGUCAACCGCAUUGGGGUCCUGGGACAUAAAGUCCACUGCCCCCCUGAAGGGGAUGCUGCUGCUGCAGAGAGCCUGCUGACUCCCCUGCCACCACCAAGAUAG